GGUUUAAAUGGGUGCUGAUCAGCUCGUAAUUUCCCUUCUCCUCUCUCUGUAUAUGUGAUGAUGAUGAUAUGUAUGUAUGUAUGUAUGUAUAUAUAUUUCUCCGAAAACACACACAAGAAGACGCACACACACACAAACACACACCGACUCCAUAGGCAAUGAAUGACGGGGUUUGCUGCCUGCAGUUUUGCGUAAUUGCAAUAUUUACUACAAAUUUCCCUUUUCUGCAACCAAUCUUGGGAUUUUUCCAACAAUUAAUACAUUUCCUGCCCCUCAAUUUACACUCUCCUCUCCUCCUCAUCUCUCUUCAAUUCAAUUCAAUUCACCCUCCCCACCUCUCUCCAAAUUUAAUUAUGCUUUAAAGCAAUCCCAUCUCCCUCCCCACCCCCACCCUGCUUAUAUAUUUUAUGUCUCUACACCUCCAAAACCAACAAACCACCCCAUGUUAGUGCUGUUAUCUUGCCUUCUCCUCUCCUACACACUUUUCACUCUUCAACACUUGCUCAUCCACGUCGUUUUCCUUGUUUCUUGCUAAUUUUGACAGGUCAAGUAUAUAUACAUACAUAUAUACCAGGAAUUGAUUGGUGCGGUGUAUAUAUCUUGCAAGAAAUUACAAGCAAGGGAAAGAAGAUGAGCAGGAGGAACGGGCCGAAGCUGGAGCUGAAGUUGAACUUGUCGCCGCCGAGGAUGAACCGGGCGCGGGUGGAGUCGCCCACCAGAUCAUCCACGGUGUCGCCACCCAGCUCCUGCGUGUCUUCGGAGCAGGACGAGUCAAGGAGCCCGGAGGCGACGUCGAUGAUGCUAGUGGGGUGCCCCAGGUGCCUCAUGUACGUGAUGCUGGCGGAGGAGGACCCCAGAUGCCCAAAAUGCAAGAGCACCGUUUUGCUCGAUUUCAUCCGCGACAACGCCGCCAGGAAGACGAACAAGAGCUAGAGUUGAUCAGAAAACCAGUCUUGAACAAGUAGUGUCAAUUUGCGAGUAGCACUAUUGAUGCUCCACUUUUAACAUAUUUUAACGUAAUUAAGAGAGAAAGAAAGAAAGAGUGGAGCCUUAAUAGUGCUACCUACGUACGUACCUGCCUUUUGAUUUUUACUUGAGUUUUUUUCAUUUUGUUCUGCCGUUUUGGAGCAAGCAUAGGAAGGGAUCUGGUGCGCCUGCGCCGGUGCAGAUUUGUGCCAUCUUUAGCGCAAAACUAUGUUGAUGUGCCCCUUCCAUUUUUCUUAUCAUCAGAAUCAGAAUGUUAGGUAAUUUUCUGCCUGCA